UCACCGUCAGAGCUAUGAAUAGCAGUAUGGUUCCCUACUCCGCCUUUAUGCAUGGCCUGUCUGACCUCAGUAAGAACAUCACCUCUUACGCAUCAAGUGCUUAGAGUUUUCCUAUAUACUGGGCGUGCUCAUAGCUCCUUGGCUGGGUAGUUUAACACGUUUGUGACAUUCACUGAAGCCGGAAACUGUGUGUGCACCUAACCGACGGUCUUACCUACUCAUAGACCCACCUCUAAUUCCUUAAUCAAAAAAUGUCUUCAAGUCAAGAGAUCAACAACGCACGUUUCAACGAGGAAGCGUUGAUAUGGGAUGCGAACAAGAAACAUGUAGAUGUUGUCGAGACGGCGUUCGAGGCCCUCCAGCGCUAUGUCCCUGCACUCAAAGAUGGAACCAGUAAAAAAUAUGAUGUCCUAGAGCUCGGCUGCGGAACAGGCCUCCUCUCUUUCAAACUGGCACCACACGUGCGCUCCAUAGUAGGCAUCGACACAGCAGACGGCAUGAUCAAUGCGUUCAACGCCAAACUAGCAUCUCUUCCCGAUCCCUCGAAGCCAAAUCUCUGCGCUAUCAAUCAUCUCCUGACCUCUGCCGACUCACCAGCACUGCAAGGCGCAGCCGCGGCCCUAGCGACACAGCGCGGCGAGACAUCAUCGCCACCAUACCGUUUCGACCUCAUUGUCUCCCAUCUGACAUUACAUCACAUCCCCUCACUACCAGAACUCUUCGCAACAUUACAGGAUUGUUUGAAGCAUGGCGGUACGAUCGCAUUGAGCGACUUUGAGGAUUUUGGGCCAGAGGCAAAGCGAUUCCAUCCUCUGAAGAAGAGGCCAGGUGUGGAAAGACAUGGUAUCCAGAAAGAGAAUAUCGAGGAGCUAUUGCUGGGAACGGGGUUCAAUGAGGUACGGGUCGAGAGGUUGUGUGCGAUUACAAAAUGGGCAGAGGCGGAGGAUGGGAAAGUGGCGGAGGAUUUGGAGUUUCCGAUGUUAAUGUGUGUCGGGGUGAAGAGUUGAGCUAGACGCUGGGGCUCUAAGUAGCCUCAGAGGUGUGGCGCGAUCACAGGUCCUUCAGCAGGUCGUUGACUGCCUUGGCAGCGAAGCGUUUCCGCUCUGCUUCUUCCAUACCUUCGCCCAUUUCUGUGGAUAUCAGUAUCUUCCCGUGUUUCUCUUCCUCUGUACAAUU